AACUACUUCUGAAAAUCUUGCCAGGAAAACUGCAGGGACUAGUGCACGCACACACACACACACCAAGUGAGAAUGGGUUUGAGGGGCAUCUGAAUGCAUAAAUAUAAAUUUGUGAGCCUCAGCUUGGUAACCAAUGUUCCCUUUGAAGGCCAAAAGUCCCUGUUUUACAGAUUCCUUUUUUAAUAGGUGACUGACUUGGACAUAUCUGAAAGUUGUGUGUGAGCCUUUAUACAUAAGCUGAGUCCAAGCCAAGAAUAAAGUGUCCUGUGUCAAUGCAGAAGAUUGGCUUUCUUUUCCUUGAAGACAAUAUUGUGUGUCCAAUAUGCCUUGAGGUAUUCAGAGACCCAGUCACCACAGCCUGUGGGCACAACUUCUGUAUGAAUUGCUUGCAGGUGUACUGGGAUCACCAAGCUCUGAUUGGGGAACACCCUUACUGCCCUCAGUGCCGGGAGCCCUUCAGUUCAAGACCUCAGCUCCGCAAAAAUACAAGCCUGGGAGAAAUUGCUAUGAGAUUUGUCCGGGAGGAGUCUCAAGGUCCACAGAAGCUGGCUAGUUCCAAUAAUGCCCCGUGUGAUUUCUGUUCCCCACCGAAGCGAAAAGCAGUCAAGUCUUGCUUGCAAUGUAUAGCUUCCCUGUGUGACAACCACAUCCAGUCUCACUACAAAGACAAGACCUUCAAGAACCAUCAGUUGAUGAAACCUCUCAGUGAUUUGAAAGGCAGCAUGUGCUUAAAACAUCGUAAGCUGCUAGAGCUGUUCUGCAAAGUGGAAAGCAAAUUUAUUUGCGCAAUCUGUGUCCAGGAAGAGCAUAAGAACCAUGAAGUCAUCUCUCUGAAGAAAGAAAGAAACAAGAAAGAAGUGGAAGUCCAGAGGAUACAUGCUAAUGUGGAAAACCAGGUCUUGAUGUUGGCAGAAGACAGUCAGAAACACAGAGGAAGAGUGCAUUACCUCACGAAAGUGGUGAAGAAUGCCAGAGAUGAAGUGAAUUGGGCCUUUGCUGAGGUAUUAAAAGAACUCAGGCAACUGCAGACCAAGGUGAUGGACUUCAUUGAUCAAGAGGAAAGGUCAGCCUUACUUGGAAUGGGGAAUUCUAUUCAGCAUAGGCAAGAGCAACUUGCAGAUCUCCAAAAGCAGAACCUGUGGCUGACAAAUCUGUUGGGUGAUCCAAGCGACCAUCAAUUCCUGCUGGACUUCCCAAAGAUAAAGGUCAUGUCUGGUUGCCCGGAAGCUUUGAUUGGGCUGAAAUGUGAGGAACUCACCAGUUUUGUGGGGAUGAAACAGACACUGAGUGACUUGAAAUCCCAAAUCUCAAUGAUUGGACUCUGCUUCAUCAGUAAAAUCCUUCAGAAAGGAAUCACAAUGGUGCCAUAUGAAGUGAUACCCACACCCACAGAUCGGAAGAGUCUCCUAAAGUACUACUGUGUCCUGAAUUUUGAUGCCUCCACUGCCAAUGAAGAGCUCUUCCUGUUUAAAGAGACUCACUCAGUGCUGAACAUGGGGAUCCUGUUGGAGACCUAUUCAAAACCCACCCAUGGAUUCAACCACUGGCCCCAGCUGCUUGGUACUCGCAGCCUCUGUGAGGGCUGCCAUUAUUGGGAGGCUGAGAUUUCAGAUACCUGGCUGUGCUUAGGAGUUGCCUACAGCUACCGACAUAGGACCGAAAAAUCAUGCAUGUUGUAUCUGAUUGGCAGGAAUAAUUAUUCCUGGUGCUUGGAGUGGGACUCAGUUAAUUUCUCUGUCUGGCAUAAUAAUAUCCAGACUGUGCUUCAAGGUGACUACUACAAGACCAUCGGGGUUCUGCUGGACUAUGCUGCAGGCUCCUUGACCUUCUACGGCAUCACCAGUUCCAUAAACCUCAUUUACCGUUUCUUAACCACAUUCACUGAGCCACUGUACCCAGCUGCCAUGGUAAGCAGUGGGGCUUCUAUUACUUUGAGACCACAUCCUGAGUAGCGGCCAGAAAGGGGGGGGAGGGGAAUCCCAUCUUAAAAGCCAAGAGAACUUUUACAGUUGCAGAUAAAAUUAACUUUUAUCUCAUGACUGCUGCAGCAAGAUUCCUUUUUCUGGGUUCUUCCCUAGAACAUUCUGGGAAUGUCUGGGCAGGUGUUGAGGAUUCUUUUCUUAGAUAUAUGCUCUUCUUUUCCAUCUCAAGAAUGAAGAAAUUAAACUAGUUAUAGUUACAAUCCUGGAAAGCAUCCCCAAAACCC